AUGUCUGAGAUAACCAUUCCCACUCCUGCCUCAGAAAUCCCUUCCAAACUGACUUUUGCCCACCAGUCUGUGACAGACAUCCAGGCAGUCAAGAAACAUAAAACUCUACUGUCUCUGUUUCAGAAGAACAACGUCAAAAACCAGAAAAGGAACUAUGAGUCAAUACUUGCCACCCUUCAUCUGCUUAACCAGAGAACAGCCCUGAGCAGCAGUCUCAAGCGGCUUCACAGGCGGGGGUGGCGACCCGGCUCGCCAAGGGAGUUACCGAACCACCUCUGGGAGUCACCGAGCGACCUCAGGAGUCACCGAGCCACCAUAAAGGAGGCGAGCAACUAUCGGGCGAGCGGGCGCCUGGGCCGCUGCCUGCAGCCCGGGCCUGGCCCCGCCGGCGCCCCGACGCCCAGCCGAGGCAGCGCCCAGCAGAGCCGGGUCGGCCAGGGCCAGGCUGCUCACCGUGCACAGUGUGCGGAGGGUCUCCCUCGCGGUGACACUCUCCCUCCAGGUCGACGCCGACUUGCGCUGUGCGGGCUUGAAGCCGACGUCCCUGCAGCGGAGACACAGACCGCCUCUGCUGAAAGACCUCACAGACCACCGCGCGUCAUGGGCUGCUUAAGGCUUAUAAGAUGGCGGCGCUGGGGUUUUACGGCAGAAGGAGAAAGCAGACCCUCGACCUCCGGUGCAGUUCUCAGACUUACCCCAACAGACUCCAUUGUCGAUCAGAACGCUUUCUUCAAAGGAAUACAACUGGAUACUUUCAAUCAACAGUACUUCCUAAAGUGA